UUGUGUUCCUGGUUCCCACAAGUCUCACCUGUGUGUUUGAAUUUUGAAUCAUAUAGCAUUUUUCUCUUCAGAGUUCAGAGACUUAACACACAGAUACAUCACUCCAACUUAUUAUCUCCAAAAUUUCAGUCUUGGAUCUUCUUUUCCAUUUGCUCUGUUUUAUCCUUCUUCCAUUUUUCCAUUCUCUCAUGGAUUUCGUUGGGCCAUUUGUAAACAUUAUUGAUACUUACCUGAUUGCUCCCUUUGUUCGACGGAUAAGCUACCUGAGACACUCCUCAGACAAUGUCAAUGGCCUGCAAAUUGUAGUUCAAAAUCUCAAGGCAAGGAGGAAUGAUGAGCAAAGCAAACUCAAAGCAGAAGAAAAUGUUGGACAAGUGAAGACUGACGUAGGAAGCAAUUGGUUCAAGAACGUUCAGGAAAUCGAAGAGGAAGCUGAUGGUAUAGAAAAGGAGUAUCAACAGCAAGGGAGGUGUGCAGGGGGUUGGUGUGUGAAUUGUUGGUCACACUACAAAUUGAGCAAGAGGUCUUUAAUCCUCAAGCUAAAGGCUAAUGAUAGGCUCAAUGAACAAUUUGUUGUGGCAAGGCCUCCUUCUCCAAAGCCUGUGAUAGAGAUGCCAACUGAGACAACAAUAAUGGAGAACCAGUCAUCAACUCAAAGCAUGCUGCAGCAGAUACUUGAUUGCAUAAGUGAUCCAGAAAUUGGCGUCUUUGGAGUAUAUGGAAUGGGGGGAGUGGGUAAAACCACUCUGGCUAAGCAAGUAAACAAUCACUUCAAAGAGAACAAUUCUUGUUUUGAGACUGUGAUUAUGGUUACAGUUUCUGCCACUCCCCACAUACCAAGUAUCCAAACCAGUAUUGGUAAUCGCCUUGGAUUACCAGAUAAUUGUGGUGGGGUUGAUGCAUUGUUUGAAGCCCAAAGGAAGAAGAAAUCUCUUCUAAUUUUGGAUGAUGUGUGGAGAAAAUUAAAGCUAGAGGAUGUUGGAAUCCUUCACCCAGCUGGAAACAAGAAAGGGAGCAAGAUCCUAGUGAUCAGUCGAAAUCAAGACACCUGCACUGAUAUGGGUGCGAGUAAAACCAUAAAAGUGCAACCAUUACCUGAAUCUGAAUCGUGGAACCUCUUCAUUAAAGUAGCUGGUGACCAUGUUGCUGCCAAUGGCAUAAACCGUUUUGCUGAAGAAAUUGUUGGAAGGUGUAAGGGUCUUCCCCUCGCAAUUGUCACUGUUGCUCACACAAUGGCAAAUCGACAUGGAGUUCGGGUGUGGGAGAAUGCCUUAAGGGAAAUGAAGCAAUCAACUAAAGAUCUCCGAGGUAUGAAAGAAGAAGUAUUUGCUCCUUUAAAAUUCAGCUUUGAUAGUUUGGAGAAUGAUAUGGUUAGGAGUUUAUUUCUUUAUUGUGCUCUUUUCCCUGAAGACUAUAGCAUAGGGAUAAACAUUUAUCUCCCUAACUAUUACAGAGUGAGAGACGAGAUGUUAAAUUAUUGUGUUGGAGAUGGAUUAGCAGAUGAAUUAGGGAGUUUGAAAGCUGCUAGGGAUAAAGGUGAGGAUCUGAUUCAGAGCUUGAAAAUUGCUUCCAUGUUGGAAGAUGGAGAGGUUAAAGGUAGUGUGAAGAUGCAUGAUAUGAUGCGAGAGCUUGCACUCUGGAUUACUUCUUCAGAGUACUCUGAUAGUUGUGGCUCCAAAUUCUUGGUAAGGACAGGUAGAUCAGUUGAAGAGGCACCAAAAGCUCAAGAAUGGGUAGAUCCAACAAGGAUUUCUCUGUUUGAUACCCAAAUAGAGGAGUUGCCGGAGUUGGGAGAGAAGUGCCAAAAAUUAACCACUUUGCUAUUGAAGGAGAAUAGGUUCCUCAUAGGUAUUCCCCAAACAAAUUUCUUCCAACACAUGGAUCAUCUUAGUGUACUUGAGAUUUACCCCUCAGAAAAAUUGGAAUCUAUCCCAGAUUCCUUGUCGUGUUUAGUGAAUCUUCGGGUGCUCAGGUUACAAAAUUGCUAUAACUUGAGGGCAUUGCCUGCUCUGGGAAACCUCCAACAGCUCCAAGUUUUAGAUUUGAGUUGGUGUUCAAAGUUAGACCAGGAAAUCCUCGGAGGAUCUGAAUGCGAGGGAGUUAUAAGUAGUUUAAGAUACUUGAAUGUGGAAAAUUCCAAAGUUUCAAUUCCUGUGGGAGUAAUUUCUCGUUUGCACAAAUUGGAGGAGUUGAGAUCUUGUGAUGCAGGAAAAAUAAAAUGGAGGGUGACUGGUGGUGGUGAAGCUAAAAAAUGUGAUAUUGAUGUGGGGGAGUUGUCCCAAUUGAAAAAUGUGAGAUCUCUUUCCAUUACCUUGGAAGAUGUCAUUAUUUCUGAUUGGUUCAAACCUUUGGCCAAGAAGAUGAUGCAGUUGGAACUGAUACGUUGCAGAGUUUUAAAACAAGAAGCUCUUCAAGCUCUCAAUGAAUCCCCAAAUCUGUUCUACUUAAGAAUUGUGGAUUGCACAGGUGUGACAUGUUUGCCUACUCGUGUUAAACGUACUGUUAUAAUAAAUAAUUGUGUGGACUUGGAAGUGUUGUUAGAUGGAGCAGAGGAUGAAGAGGUCUACCACUACCAAGAUUUCAAUGGCGACUUGAACCUAGUAAGAUUGCCAAACUUGAAAAGGUUAUGUAGUGUUAGUCUCUCAACACUAAAUUGCUUUUCUCAACUAUGGUGGAUAAAUAUAGGGGAAUGCAAUAGCCUGAAGAUGAUAUUCACCAAGGGAAUGCCUCGCCUGUUCAACAACUUGGACACCAUUAUUGUUCGAUCUUGCGAUAGAAUGGAAGUUAUCAUUGAAGAAGCAGGUGAGGAGGAAGGUAUUGUUAAUGUUAAUGGUGGAGUCAUCAUCUCACCCUUUCCAAAACUCACAGCAUUACAUCUAGAAGACCUACCAGCUCUCCAUGAAUUGUGCUGCAGCAACCACAUCUUGCGUUGCCCCUCUAUAGAAAAAGUGCAGCUGGUUAACUGUCCCAAGUUAAAGAAGGAUCCUCUCCACAUACAAAAUGCAAAUGGGUUACUACUUGUGAUCAAGGACGAGGAGAGAGAGUGGAGGAGAGAAGGCAAUAAUAAUAAUGUCAUGGAAAUGGGAAUGGAAAUUCAAGCUUCUCUGUGAGCUGAGUCGCAACUCACCUGAAAAAACACUAAUUCCCUGUUCUAUUCGGUGCUCAACUUCACUCCAUCUCUGUAAUAUAGAGAACAUGCUCAAUUAGAAUUUAAUAUAAUUAUCAGAAAGUAUGUUAUGUCAUUUUUGUAAUAGGUAAAUGUAUUUGUACUAAGAAGAAAAAGAGAAAAAGAAAUGUACACUGUACCAUCAAUCUGGAUUGGAAUUGGAUUGAUAUUAACC